UCUUUGAAAGACAUCAUGGAUCACUUUGCAGCGGAGUGCCUUGUCUCCAUGUCCAGCCGCGCGGUCGUCCACGCUCCGAGGGGCAACAACCGGGAGAUGAAGCCGGAUAACCCGUCGCUUUCACCCCGCGGGAACCCGGAGGACGCCAAAGAAGCCGUGGUGAAGGACAACUCCUCCCUGUACGUGGUGGCCAGGAUCCUGGCGGAUUUUAACCAGCAGACUCCCAACGGCGAGCAAGCGAGGAGCCAGGCCGGCCUGACGGAGGAUGCGAACUGUGCCACACCUACCAUCACCAUCUCGGAUCAAUCUCUCAAACAAAGGGGCAAAAGAUCGAGGGGUCGCAACGAGCCGGAAUCCCCGCAGAAAAAGCACAAAUGCCACUAUUCGGGGUGCGAAAAAGUUUACGGCAAAUCGUCGCACCUCAAGGCGCACUUGAGGACGCACACAGGAGAGCGUCCGUUCCCUUGCACCUGGCCCGACUGCAGUAAGAAGUUCGCCCGCUCCGACGAGCUGGCCCGCCACUACCGUACCCACACGGGCGAAAAGAAGUUCGGCUGUCCUCUCUGCGACAAACGCUUCAUGCGAAGCGACCACCUGAUGAAGCAUGCUCGACGCCACUCGGAUUUCCAGCCCGGCAUGCUCAAGAGGCCCCACGCGGCGGUCGGGGUCAGCGGGCCGGUCCAUGCGGCGCGUCCCGGCUCCCUCAGCGACUACAGCCGCUCAGAUGCUUCUAGCCCCACCCUCAGCCCCGCCCUCAGCCCCGCCCUAAGCCCUGCCAACUCGCCUUAA